UCGCUUACGUGAACGUGUUUAUGAAGUAAUUAUAUCAACAUCUGGUUUGUUGUUGAUUGAAGUUCCGUGUAGGUCAGAUUCCGAUAAAUGCUUAUUUAGACGGCUUUUGUGACCCCGUAAAGUACAUUGAAAUCAACAUUUUUUCGAUAUGCCGCUGCAAUUGUAAAUUUUCGUUGCUUCAGUUCGCUGUUAUUAUUUUUCUAUCGAUCUUCGUGAUUGCCCCGCUAAUAAUUAUGCUGAAAAAUAUUGUCGUUUUGUGUAUAACGAUUGUAUCAGCGAAAUCAGAACACCCAUAUGAUGAAUCCUGGCAUAGGAAAUGGUUUCCUCAUGGGCCCGGAGAGCAGGAUUCGAAUCAAGCAGUCAGCGAAUCCAAGAAUUUGUACGACGCUCAUCAUGGAAUCGCUAUGGGGGUGGUGGAUAGUAGCUGUGAUGAUGGAAAGAUAAACCUUCAAAUCGAUUGGUACAACAAUGUGGAAAAUUACACUUGCUUUCACAACCGGAGCCUCUAUUUGCCCCAGAAAACCGUACAUCCCAUUCACAGCGUGGAACACAUUCCGCAAGAAUACAGCGCUUCGCACAAAUGUAUGAACGAAUCGAUUGAAUAUGAUGAGACUAUUCCCACAUUUGGUACCCAUAGGCCACUAUGGGCCGUUUAUGGCGAGUUCACUUUCCUACCCAGACAACGAUGGAUACACAACUUGGAGCAUGGGGCUGUUGUAAUGUUGUACCAUCCAUGCGCCAAUCCGAACGAAAUCAGCAUGUUGCGACGAAUCGUAAAAAAAUGCCUGUAUCGACAUGUAAUUACGCCCCUGAAUCUACUCAGCCCAACAAGGCCCUUGGCGCUGGUAACUUGGGGCCAUCGCCUUGAAAUGUCGAAACUGGCCCCCGAAGUUGCGGUGGACUUUAUCCGAAGACACGCGCUUAAAGGCCCAGAGAAAACACAUCGAAAUGGUCAGUAUGACUACUUGAUAAAGGACCAAGCUCAAGUCAUUUCGGACUUGGACGACAAAACACUUUGCCCAUCAUUUCCGUACGUCGACACCGGCAUUCAGAUGAAGAAGUAAUUGGGUGGAAUGUUUUUGCUUCUGGAGUCAGUGAUUUUUUAUAUUAAGGCCAAUCCUCAAAAAACAUAUAAACAUACUUCCAUCUAGGUAAGGAAAGAACGCGUACAGCUCGAAUAAAAAAAUAUUUAUAGGUGCCAAUCUGAAAGUUUAUGUGGUGAUUUCCAGAGGCCUAAAUCUCUUCAGUUUUUCUAGAUAAAAGUGGGGUUUUUCGGUUUUUUUUUACUUAAGGAGCUCGCUUUAUACAUUUAAGCCUAAAAAACCUCAAUUUUUUUUACCGUUGCCGAAAGUGGCGAGUGUCCGACAAGUCGCCAACCAUGCAUUUUUUCUAGUGUUUUCGUAAUUUUUUUGAUUUACAUCUACUUUGCUGUUUUCUGUUAGUUAGUAAGUUAUUUUGCCUCGUUUUUGGCGCUGAGGCCAAAAGUGUUUUCACCAUUUUUCCAUAGCAUAUGACUAAAUUUACCUAAGAUAUUCUUAAGCUAUUAAGAAGUACUCACUUAAGGACACACUGCACAUUUAACUGCCAAUAUCUCAAAAACUAGUGCUCUAAGAGGUUUCGACCAAGUACAAAUUUUUUGCUCAUAAUUAAUUGAGGGCCAAAUAAAAUCAGAUUAAACACUGGUGUACAAGGUGGCAACAAAGUCAGAGCCGAUUGAAUGCAUCGAUACCCUUAAACGCAGUGCAUCCUGUAAUCAGCGGUAAAAUGAAAGCCUGUUUAAAUUUCUCUUCAAAAUGCUACAUUUCAUCUCAAUGCCCUCAAAAACGCUUGAAUUUAAGAUCGUUUAUAAAAUAUCCUUAAACAAUUGGUAAAAAGCGUCUUGUAUAUGGAGAUCCAAGCACUUGCGGACGGAUGUUUUGUUUAUUAAUAUUACUAUUAUUUCUAUUCAUUCUGUUUUAAUUAAUUAAUGAGUGUGAAUUGAAUGACUUCCAAACAUUCAAUUUAUAAAAAAAUGCAAACAAUUCUUGAUUAUCCAACGUGCCAAAUAGUUUACUCGGAUUAAAUCCCAGUCAAGUAUGCAAAUGUAUGCCAAUUUCCAUAUAGUUAAGCCUGAUAUUUUGAUGUGAUAAGCAAUUAUUGAUCGAAAAUGUAGACCAAUUCAUUCCAAAGAUGCAUUUUCCUGUAGAUAGAUAGAUUUUCCUGAACCUGUACUUGUAAGAAUGUAAGAAUUCUUUUUGGAUUUCCAAUGUGAAAGUGAAGUAUUUAGUGAUAUCGGUUUAGCCUAAAGUUGGCCUAAAUUCAAACUAUUUAUGCUUCCGUACAAAGCGGUGAGUUGUGCCAAAUAUACACGAAUUUUUGCUGAUUUUGAAAGGAAAGUUUGCACAAUGGAAAUCGUUCAAAAUCGAUUUUUAUUGGGAGUCAAAAAGCAAACUAUCAGUAGAACAGUUUGUAUGUUGCUAAUGUUGAAAGUUGCACAAAAAAUUGACUCAGUUUUUUGUAUGAUUUUACAAAGCCCUGAACUCGAUGUUAAAAUAAAAUAUGAAAACAAGUUGUUUAUGCAGAACCAGCUGACGCAUUUCGACAAAAAAAGUAUUUCGAAUUGCAAAACUUUUGAAAAAUAUGGAAAGUGAUCAACAUCUUGAUUGAUGAUUGACUCUGAAUGAAAAACGAGGCGUUUUAUCUAAAAAUAUUUGUCUUUUGCCACGUUUAAUACAUAUUUCGGUAAAAAAUGUUUCAAUCAUUAGAACCUCUAAGAAAUGUAUUAUUUUCACAAAUUUCGACUUCCAAAGUGGCGUAAGUUCACUAAUAGGAAAUAAUAGUCUUAUAAAGUAAGUCAAUUCUACUUUCAACACAAAUCAUUUCAAAUGGAAGACUUUCAAAGAAAAUGCUUGAAGAUAAGAAGCUAAAGCAAAAAUUGAAGAAGCUGAAGCAGUUUGGAACUUCUUAGCAGAUCCGAAUAAUUUCUCAAGUCAACCGCAUGCUCAAAAAUGUAACUUUAGAAAUUUAUGAAUCAUUUACAAUCUAGUGGAACUUUCAAAGCCAAAUUAGCAACUGCUUCUCAUCGUAAAAUUAAUGGAUUUGUUUAUCUGUUCCUAUUACUUUACCAUGCACUGUAUAACUGUAAACCUCGACGAACUAACAUUAAUAAAUACCGAUACCAAUAAGUAAA